AUGCCACCAGAGUUGCAUAGACGAGUAUCAAAUACCGGAGAUGUUGAUGGAUUUGCCGUGCCGCAAUUAUACGUCGAGUUCCCUACCUCGACUCCAGCUGGUACUCCACCGAGUCAGCUUCGUGGGUUCGACAAAGUCUGGUUCCAGGCUGGUGAGAAGGAGACGGUAUCCUUUGAGCUCAUGCGCAGAGAUGUCAGUUACUGGGAUGUGAUCUCGCAGGACUGGUGUGUUCCUGCUGGAUCUUUUAUCUUUAAGGCUGAAUUCAGCAGCCGGGAUUUCCGCAGUAAUGUGACUGCGGCCCCGAUUAAGGUAUGA